AUGGAGAACAUCAACUUCAAUUACGACGCCGCCAUCGCGGCGCUGGCGACCGCGUGCCGCCUGCGGCCGCACGACCACACGUGCUGGAACAAGCUCGGGGCGACGCUGGCGAACUCGGGCCGCGACGGAGCGAGCAAGGCCGUGGUGGCGUACCACCAGGGCCUGCAGCUGAAGCCCAACUACGCCCGCAGUUGGUCGAACCUCGCCAUCGCGCAUGCCCAGCUCGGCGAGCACAACGACGCGGCCCGGUUCUACCUGUCCUCGCUGGUGCUCAACCCGCAGGCGACGCACAUCUGGAAUUUCUUGCACUCCGCCGUGCUCAACAUGAACAGCACGCUCCCCCUCGAGGAGGCGAACGCGGCCGAGGGCGAUAAGAAGGCGGCGCUCGAGGCCGUGGACAGGAGAGACCUGGAGGCCUGCACGCGCGUCAUCCCGGGCGUGCUGGACCCCCAGGCGCUCCCGGCGCGGAUGCAGGAGCCUGCCGCAGCCCCCGGAGGAGAUCCUCGCCUCCAUGGGCCUCUGAGGGGCGCGUGCCGGCACGGGGCACCAGACCCACACCAGGGAACCCUCAGGCCGCUUGUUGGUGGGCGCAAUUGUUCUUGA